AUGGGCUGGUCACCGGAUGCUGGCGUUACCAUGGGCAGCCCGAACAUCAGCGGUCACCUUGACCUGACCACGGGCAUGUACAGCGGUCAGCUUGACCUGACUACGGGCAUGUACAGCGGUCAGCCUGACCCUAACAAGGAAAUGUACUACAGUCUGCUACUGGUCGUCUUUGAGAUCGCCGGCCUGGUCAUCAGUCCGCUGGGCAUCAUCUUCAACAUCGUCACCAUCAUCGUGUUCGUCAAGCUGGGGUUCAAGGACAAGAUGAACAUCACGCUGGUGGUCCUGGCUGUGGCCGACACCACCAUCCUGCUCACCCUCAUCGGGUACAGCGCCGUGCUCAGCCCGCCCGUGGUGCGUGACGUCACGCACAUGGACAUCAUCGACGCCCUCAGCUACCUGUUUGGUUGGCUCAACGUGCUGACAACCCGGGUGGCGGGUUGUCUGACGGCCUUCAUCACGCUGGAGAGGUUUCUGUGCGUGGCCAUCCCGUUUAAGGUGAAGAAGAUUUUCACCAAGAGAAACACGAUCUUGUUCGCCGUCAGCGUCUACGUCGUGCUGGUGGCCUACUCCACCCCCAUGUUUGUGGCCAACAACAUCGGGCUCAGGUUCAACCCGCUCUACAACGAGACGGUGGUUGGGCUCGUGACGUCAGCCGACAGCCUCGUGUUGGAGAGCAUAUCACGUGGUAUGAACGUCACCACGGAGGUGGUCUCCUUCCUGUUGGUCACCUUCUUCACGCUUGGCUUGGUACACUCCUUCUUCCACUCCACAAAAUGGCGGAUCUCGGCCUUAUCCGGCAGGGAGGGCGGGUCCAUGUCGAAUCGUGACCGGAAGUUGGUUAAAAUGGUUCUAUUUAUAUCUCUGGUGUUCAUCGGCUGCUGCCUGCCGUCAGUGAGUGCUGACAUCGUCAUGUUGUUUGUUAAGGAGUUCACCAUCAACGGGAAAGAGAAAUUUCUAUUUUUAGUAGCCGACGCCAUUUUUUUCGACCUUAGUGCUAUCAACUCUACCGUUAACAUUUUCAUCUACCUGAAGAUGAGUUCAAAGUUUAACCGAGCUUUCUUUGAGCUCUUCUCGUGUUUUGGUACUAGACCAUCAUCGACCAGUUCGGCUAAAGAUGGAACUACAAGGUCGCCUCGUGAACUAGCUGACGUCACUGGUCAGUACAUCUAG